GUCUCCGCGGCCUCGCCGGUGUCUCCCCAUCCCCGCCGGCACUUCCCCACCCCGCGGGCCCUCGUCCCGGUGGGCGGCGGCGGCGGCGGCGCCGCGGUGCGGCCCGUUGAUGUGAGGCGCGGCUCGGCGGCGGGGCGCGGAUGGCGGCGGGGGCCGGCGCGGCGGCCGGGGGCCGCAGCUUCUCCUUCAAGGUGGUGCUGCUCGGGGAGGGCUGCGUGGGCAAAACCUCGCUGGUGCUGCGCUACUGCGAGAACAAGUUCAACGAUAAGCACAUCACCACCCUGCAGGCAUCUUUUCUUACGAAGAAACUAAAUAUUGGUGGAAAAAGAGUAAACCUUGCAAUAUGGGAUACAGCUGGGCAAGAAAGAUUUCAUGCAUUGGGGCCUAUCUACUACAGGGACUCUAAUGGCGCUAUUCUAGUAUAUGAUAUAACAGAUGAAGACUCUUUUCAAAAGGUAAAAAACUGGGUUAAGGAAUUAAGAAAAAUGUUGGGAAAUGAAAUCUGUUUAUGUAUAGUAGGUAACAAAAUAGACUUGGAAAAAGAGAGACAUGUUUCAGUGCAAGAAGCAGAAAUGUAUGCUGAAUCUGUUGGAGCAAAACAUUAUCAUACGUCAGCUAAGCAGAACAAAGGAAUUGAAGAACUGUUUCUUGACCUUUGCAAAAGAAUGAUAGAAACUGCUCAAGUGGAUGAAAGAGCAAGAGGCAAUGGCUCCAGUCAGUCAGGAACAGCAAGGCGAGGUGUACAGAUCAUUGAUGAUGAGCCACAAGUACAGAGCAGCGGAGGGUGCUGUUCUUCUGGAUAAUUAUAAAACUGUGCAUCACUGCCCUCUCAAUAUGAAGACUGCCAUAUUCCAAGUCACACAUUCUUUACCAAUGGAGUAAUAGAAUUAACAGUAUUUAAAAAUAAUCACAUGUAACACUGCAGAGACCUUAAGUGCUAAACUAGUGGCGUCUGUGACCAGAGAAUUGGCGUUUUCUACAGUGGUUAACAAAGCAAUUACCAAUGGCCUUUUUACAUAUUUUUCUUUAAUGAGGAAUAAUAUGCAUGUAGAAAAGACCUACUUAAAGGCUUCAUUUAUAUUCUUUUAAAUCAGAUCAUUAUUUAAUAACUUAUAUACAUUGUUGUUGGAAUGGUAUACGUUUUUGCAGCUCUUUGUACUUUGUGGUAGAUGGAAUUGUAUCACUUCUAAAAUGCAAAUUGAUUUUUUUUUUAAAUUAGCAGAUAUCUGAAUUAAUAUUUUUGCAGGGCCUCUACAAGCCUAUAACUCAACUACUUUGAUAUAUUCUGUUCAUCUGUAUGCCAAGCUGAUAAAAUACAUUGUAAAUUACAUAUUAAAUAUUUUAUCUGCUUUUACAGUUGCAGGUGCAGAAAUAUGUACAUCAGUCUUGUCUGUGAUCGUGAAGUGAAUAAGUCAGUGAAAGAUGCAAGCUUUUCAUGUGCACUGUUAAAUUGCUCAUUCUAUUCCCCUACCUGAAAACAGCUUUGUUUUGGGUACAUCCAUAGCUACAGCAAUUCUUUAAUCCAUUUCUGGCAAGCAGCAGUAUUUAGAGCAUCCCCUUACUGGAAGAGAAUGCUUCUGUAAACUGCUGUUUAUCACUGAGGUGUUUGACUUGCAGCUAAAACAGUUGGUGCAUGCACAUACCUUGCCUCUGCAGUUACUCUGUUCUCUCAGAAGAUCCCCAGAAAGUCAAAGCAACCUUAGCCCUCAUCUGUCUGGUAGCCAGUAAACCAGAUGCAUGGGAAACUCUUUAGCUGCUCUAAUACAUUUGUUUCCAAAGACAGCAUUAUAAACUAUUCAUGAGCAUAUUUUUCUUCCCUGUAGGGCUUGAGUGAACAAUUAAUUGACAUUAACUAGAACUUCUAAUUUGGAGUGAUGAAAUUGAAGAUGUGAAACUUGCCAGAUGUAGCUGUAACUAAGGGGAUUCUAGGCAGAAUUGAACUUAUUCCUAACUUGCUCUUUCUCUUGUAAAGUGUUUUGAAAAAGCCCAUUUAAGUUUCAGGAGGAGGGUUUUCAAAAAAAAAAAAAGUGUGAACUACUGUCACAAAAAAACCACAAGUGGUGGUAGCUGAAAUUUCGAAAUGUUUUGUGCUCUGACUUUUUUUACUUAAGUUGUCAUGCUUGGAAAAACAGUAAAGGUGAUGUCUAUGACAAAGUAGAAUA